UGCUCUGCAGCAACUCUAACCCUAAUUAUAGAGUUAACAUCAGAAACUGAUGGCACAAUAGGUCAAACUGGUUCAGGAAGUACCCUGAAGCGGCGAUUGCAAUGUGACAGAGGGGAACAGAAAGAGCAGAAAGGUCUGGGUUGUCUGUUCUAGCCCUCCAGAACUACUGUCCUGCAACACAACUCAACAAAAUGGCAGAAUAUCCCCACAUUUUAUUUGUGUUUUAGAUGGGGCCCACACAAACGUUUCAGGAUGGCAACUCCUAUAACUAGAGCAUGUAUCACAGUGAGAGUAUCAAAAAUCAGGGUGAAAACAGAAACAAAAACAAAAAGAACCCUGAAAUAAUCAAUGAUAAUGUUAUUACUAUUGCUAUGUGGCGUCGCAUAGUUUGUGGCACUGUUGCGCUGCAGCCAGAAAGUUGUGAGUUUGAAUCCCAGUCGGUUAAAAAUAAAAGUAGGCCAGGCGGAACACCAGUAAAUUGCUGAUUGUUAAAGUAGAAACGCAGCGCUCCUUUAGCAGAUAUGAACUGAAACAAAAUAUACCAUUUUAUUUCCAAAAACGACAAAAGGUACAAAAUGGGACUAAAAUGAUCAACACCCGCCAUCCAUCGUCUGUUACAUUCUAAGAGAGUCAACAGACUCAAAUGGCGAUGAAAGCAAAAAUAAGUAGAAAUAAGGAGCAACGACAUGCCUACUGUUCAACCAAUGUACCUAAACAGUGUGUUGAUGGCUAUAAAUCGAAAGUAGGAAAGGAGAAAACGGCAUCGUGUGAGGAUGUAAUGGGAGUACAAAUUGACCCAGAGGCCGCCGCCUCCCGCUGAAGGAUAAAUAAAUAAGUGUGCUGUUGGUUAAAAGCCGCUGUAGGCCUUUAGUGGGAGCUAAUCCAGUUCUGAAAGGGUUUUUCCUCCCGGCUGCUUCAGACUGCAUUCACACUGAACGAGCUUCAUCUGCAUCACAACACAUUCAGAUCAGGCUAAUAGCAUUACCGGGUCUCGCCGGGUUGUUAUUCCUGCCACCAUCAUUGUCAUUAUUAUGAGCUUCAACUUUGCCUCAGUCCUACAACGGCGGCUCAACGCUAAACUCAUUUUCUACUUUGGUAAUUUAGAAGAAAAGAGAUGCACUGUUGCAUGGUGACAGUUUUACAUAAGCAUCUCAUAUGUGAAACACAGAAGCCCAUUAAAUCUGACUUGUUCAUUUCAUUCAUAUUAAUGAAGAAAAGCUGAAUGUUGGAGUGAAGAUGCCGGCAGCACACGUUGCAUCAGCUGAGAUUAGCGGAUGCAUGGAGCAUCAGGGAAUCUUAUUCACAUGGAAAAACACUUCUUACUUCUAAUUGGAGGCCAGUUUAAAUCCUUCCCUCCCUUUAAAACCAGCACUCAGCGUCAUCCUAUCCUGUCAGUUUUCCAUGGACCACCAAGGCAGUGUGAAGGAUUUCCACUGACACCGAGAUCAUUAAUGGCACAUUUCUGACCUUUCAGGACUAUUUGCGUGUCAGUGAAAUGAAAGAAAUGCCUCGGCUCUCCGUCACAGGCAUAAUGGAAGGCGCUGUGACUCCCUCGGAGGAAGAACGCCACUCGGCAUUUUACAUCGAUCGGAUUCUGGAUUCGGAUCAGGAAAACCCUGGGAAGAGUCUGAGACUACACCGACCCUGGACAGAAUUUGAAGCAGAGAGGGGGAACAGAGAGAACGGUUUCUGCUGUGAACAAACCAUUUGUCACCGAGCUCCGCCGCAGAACCGAACCGGACCCAAGCUAAGCUGGUACACUGGGCGACGGCCGCGCACAGCCUUCAGCAGCAGCCAGGUGAACGCUCUGGAGACGGCGUUCCGAGUCGACUGCUAUCCAGGGAUCCAGCUGAGGGAGCAGCUGGCGGGGAGGCUGGACCUGGACGAGGACCGAAUCCAGAUCUGGUUCCAGAACAGACGAGCCAAACUGAGGCGUUCACUCAGAGAGACCCGACUGCGGCUGGUUCAGACGGCCAUGACGGCGCUGAAAUCGAGGCCGGAGGUCAGAGGUCGCCAAGAGGAGCCGUCGCGUCACCGUCCUCCUCACUGUGAUGCAGAGGAUGAGUGAUCAAGUUCUCGCUGUCUGCAGGAGGUGUUCAUAUCUGCAUUAAUAUUCAUCAGCGUGAUUUGCUGAAAACAGGACGCAAACGGCUGUUUUAUCCUCCCGUCGCCACAAUUUGCCAGGAAUGUUGAGCCGGUCUUAUUUAAAAGCAGGAAUGACUUGAGCUCAUGCAAACCUUAGGAUUUUGUGAACCCGUUCUUUCUCGGUUUGAUGACUCGGACCUUCUGAGCAGCUGUGUACGCCACUGAAUCAGGAAUAAAAAAAAAAAAGACUUUGCAUGUUCUCUGCGUUUUUAAUCACACAUUUUCACCGACACCCUCUUCGUUAAAGAAUGAGA